CUGUGGAAUCUGAGGAGAAAGAUGGCUGCGGGACGAAGGGUGAGGUUGACAAAUCUGAGAGUCACAGUUUAAGGACAGACAGGUUUCGGCGGAGGACAAAACGGAAAACAGCCCUCGCCCGCACAAGUGUCUGUGUGGUCGGUAUGGACUAUCGUGCCGAUUGCAGAGCAGAUGACAGGGAGUGCAGACAAGCCUCACAUGCUCACACACUUAUCACCGGUGUGCAGUGACUGUUGCUGAGGACAUCAGCAGGAUUCCAUCCUUUCUAUGCUUUUACAUCAUUCAUUUCUGCUAUCCGGAGAAAUUAACUCUCCAUUUCUUGCAUUUGGACUCCUUUUGUGACGUCCCCCUUUCCCCUCCCCUCUUUCCCCUCUUCUCGGCCCCCCUUCCCCUCUCUUCAGCUCCCUUAUAACCGUUUUCUGCCACCUUUUCUGAUCUCCUCCCUUUCUUCCCUUCUUUUCCCUGUUGACCUCCUAAUUUAAUUUUUAUCUGCCUGUGAGCUACGAUGAGUUGGCUAAGUCGUUUAAAUCCGAGGGGUCCAGGCACUAGGGCCAGCCGACAAACAGCCCCAUCCAGCCCAUGCACUGCCGACCCUGAAACUUGUCUUAUGGUGUUUGAGAACCACUGGAGACAGUUGUCUGGGGUGUUGAAAAAGAGGGAGUCCUCUGUAGGUGGUGGCGCUGAUGAUCUCACAGCAGUUCGCAAUCACACAGAUCAGAUGCUGUGCCUGCUAGCCGAAGAGAGACCACCAGAGGGAGACAGUGAUUCACCAGCAACGGGUCCCAUUCUGAAGAUGGUGAUAGCAGAGAACAUAUUGGAGGAGCUGGUACAGUGGCAUGUGCGCCGCGGUCUGGAUCCAGACAGUCAGUUAGAGCUACUGAAACUGUUUGAGAUGCUGAUGGGGCAGUCCCAUCAACCCCUGCUCCAACAUAUUGCAGUGCUGCAACCUCUGCUCAGCUUGCUCAGGGCAUGCGUGGACCCCCAGCUGGGCUGCGCACCUGCCCUUGAGUCCAGUCUUGUGUUGCUGCUAAAUCAGGUAUGUGUGUCCAUGGCGAAGCAGACUGCAGUUUUGGAGUUGUUAUUUAAGUGUGAGGCUGUACAGCAGGGUCCCACUAACCUGCUGAUCUUCUCCCUGUUGGUGCCAUUUAUCCAUCGAGAUGGCGCUCUGGGACAGCAGGCCCGUGACGCUCUGCUCCUCGUCAUGGCAACCUCUGCCAGCAACCAUGCUGUUGCACGCUACAUCGCUGAGAACUCCUACUUCUGCCCAGUGUUGGCGACAGGGCUCAGUGCACUGUAUUCAUCCUUGCCAAGGAAGAUCGAAGUACGGGGCGAUGACUGGCACGCCUUGCGGAGAGAGGACUGGAUCGGUGUGUCCUCACUGGUGCUGUUUAUGAACAGUCUUGAAUUUUGCAAUGCUGUAGUACAGGUGGCACACCCUAUUGUGCGCCGCCAACUCCUCGACUACCUCCACAACGGCUUCCUGGUUCCAGUCAUGGGCCCCGCUCUGCACAAGUCGUCGGUGGAUGAGAUGAUAGCAAGCACGGCAUAUCUGGACUUGUUUCUUCGCAGUAUCACAGAAACGUCCCUCCUCAAGACUUUCCUGCACUUCAUUUUGUUGCAUCGCCAUGACAACGACACCAUCCUUGACACACUACUCACGCGCAUCAGCAGCAAUUCAAGGCUGUGCAUGGUUUCUCUCAGUUUGUUCAAGACACUACUCAGCCUCAACUGUGAAGACCUCAUGCUCCAGCUUGUUCUCAGGUAUUUGUUGCCAUGUACCCAUGUAAUGCUGAGUCAAAGAAGGGCAGUCAGAGAAACUGACCUCUAUGGCAAAUCAGCUGACAAGUUCCUUUCCCUCGUACCAGAAUGCUGCAGAGUGACUGCAGCGCUCUCUAGUGAGCGGGAUGAUGACCCUGCCUUUUGGGGAAAGGUGUUGGGUAGCCCCACUUCAGAAUCACCAGCUCACCCCAGACCCAGCACUCCUUCCCGUCUGGCUCUCUUCAUUCGACAGCAAAGCUCGGGAGGCCCGACCAACCCGUCUUCAACUGGCAUGGAGAACCCCCCCUCUUCCCCUCGUGGUAAUGUUUCUUCCCCUCUCUCCCCUGAUAGCCCCAUGCACCAUCUCGCAGAUACUAUGGAAUUGGAAACCAGCUACCUAGAGUAUUUGCGAGAUGCUCGGAGGGGUAUUGAGCUCUGCUCCUGGGCCUGUCGAGACUGGUCGGCACCCUAUGAUGGAGAAAAUCCUUCUCCGAACUCUGCUCCUCAACCACCUCCCCCUCCUACAUCCAACCCCUCCAUCAGUAUGGUACCAGAGCAUUUCUCCCUUGCUGACCCUGGCCAGCAUAGGGCGGCUAUGGUUGCUGCAGCACGUGAUGAAUGGAGCAGCUCUGACCGAGAUAGUGGAGAGUGGGAUGUUACCAUCACCAAGAACUGUAUAAGCCUUACGCCCCGCAACAAGAAACGCAGCCUCCUCCCCAGCUCUAUACCCUUACAGGCGUCAUCUUCCCCAUUAGCCUCCACAGAGGUCAUGGGUGCCACGGACACCGCAUCCCAACGCUCGCAUUCGGCACCACAUUCAGCACUCUAUAAUGGGACCGGGCGAGCGGAGUUGGCAGACACUGUGGAUGUGGAUGAUAGAAUGGAGGUUAAAAAAUUGAAGAGAGACUCUGAUGUAAAUAGCAUAGUGGUGGAGUCGGAGCAGAACGGAUCGCAGGGCAUGAGCCCAGUGGUCUCCAGUCUUCCUGUAGAGGGAGGGUGCAGUGAUUUCCAUGUAGGAUCUGCUCUAAAAUCAUCUCAGGUGCAAUUAAACUCUCAUCGGCAAUUGCAAACAAUGCUGCCAUCCUCUAACCAGGAGCGUCUGCAAAGUGAGGACCAGAGAUCAUCUCCUGUUCCUUGCUCGAGAGAGUCGAGUGGGCCAGAGUCCGUUGAGCGUCUGAUAGAGGAGUUGCUAGAGCGGGCGCCAUCGGAGCCAUUGUCUGGUGAUUCAAAAUGCCAGGGCAUCAGCAUUGAGGCCUUCCACCAGGAGCUGAGGGAGUUGGAGGAACGCGUACGAGAGCGGAGGGUUCUUUCGUGCAGCUCGGAGGAAUUCACGCGAGACUCCCACACUGCUGCUCAUGCUCCCGCUCCCAGCCUGACAGAUGAUGAUUGUCUUCCAGUGGAGACCGUGCAGCGGUCUGAUGAACCCAAGCCUGACAGCUCUACCCCUGGGGUAUUUAGCCCAGCACGACCCCUCGGACAACCUCUUGCCCAACCGUACACAGGUCCAUUUAUAACGAUCCUGUUUAGUAAACUGGAGAGUAUGAUGCAGAACUCCCUGUAUGUGAAUAUUUUGCUAACAGGCGUUGUGUUCCAACUGGCCUGUUACCCACAGCCUCUUCUUCGUUCUUUCCUCCUUAACACUAACAUGGUGUUUCAGCCCAGUGUUAAAUCACUCAUACAGGUGCUUGGGUCAGUAAAAAAUCGCAUUGAGGCUUUUGCAGCAACACACGAAGACUUCCCUGCCAUGUUGAGAAAGGCUCGACGCUUUCUGGUUGCGAGGGGAAAGUUAGACUGGACGGAUUCACCCAUGGCAGUGCCCAACCUCCGUCGAUCAGACUCAUUAAUUAAAAGCCGCAAACCAUCUCUGGGUGAUCUUAUCCUGAGGCACACCAACAGUCCUACGAGAGCUCGGAAUGCAGCUCAGUUGGCUCUGGCCCACGUGAGAGAUGGAGGGCAGUCUCUGCACAGCGCUCUGUUCCGCGGUGGCACGGGUGGUGGAGCCUCUAGUCUUGAGAAGCAGGCGGAGGCACUGAGGGUGAAAAACGCAGUCUACUGCUCUGUCAUUUUCUCAGAGUUCCUCAAGGAGCUGGCAGCUCUCACACAGGAACAUGCAGUAGCCCUACACUUCCCACCGAGUCACAGCACUGAGGAAUAAAAUCAAGCCAAAAGUUUCCUCUAUACCUGUUUUAUCCACUGUUCCAGGCACUGAGCUGUAGACGUAUACUUGUGACUUUUCAAACAAAUAGCGUUUUUUUGUUUUUAAAGGAUUUCAAAAGGACAUAUUACACUCAAGUUCAUAAGGGUGAAGGCCAUCUCUUGUUAAUACACUCAUGUUCAUAAUGUUAUUUUUAAAAAUUGUACAGGACCAUUUAUCCAUUAAGCUUUAGGAAAUUGUGCAUAUAAAUUGUGUAUAUAGUCUAUAUAGAAUAUCUACUGUAUGUGUAUAGUGAUUUUUUACACUCAGAAAGAUUGCAUCCUUAAAGGUGGAGGAGUUUGGCUGUACACUUGCACUCCCUGCAUUUCUAUGUCAUUUCAGAGAUUAGCUAAUUGCUGAAGUAGACUCGCUACACACAGUUGUUUUAAACUUUUAUGAGUGUGGAAGUGCCAUUUACAACUUUAGUCUUUUAUAUAAAAUGGGUUCUCUGGCAUUUUUAAAGGACUGAUUAACAGACACUGUUUACCAGUCACACAUUUGGGCAAUAAGUUCUCAUGCAUCUCAUCAGAAUUUACCCCUUUUUUUGAACACCUCUUAAAAUUCAGCAAGUAUACAUACCCAUACCAAAUUGCCCAGUAAUGUCUUUCAAUCUGUAAUGCACAUCCCCAAUAGCUACUAUAUAGUGAAUGUCAAUAAGACACAAAGGAAGGGUUCAAAGGGAUUUCUACCUGACACAUUUCACCUAGAUUUAGUUUUUUUGGUUUUAAUUGUUUUUAGCCGAAAGUUUACAUUUCUGUUGUCCUAAGCAUCGUAUUUUCUGAUGUGAGUGUUAGGAAAAGGGUAAUGGUACACUCACCCAGUAUGGCAAUAGUGAUCCUCUUUAAUCUUAGGGAAGGCACUGAGUUUAAUAGCCUGCCCACAAAAAUCUCCACUUAUAAUGGAUGUUAAUUCUUUGAUCAGGUGAUCUUCUCUUGGCUUCUGACUGGGUGCUAAUGCCUAACAUUUUUUGACUGGUAUGUUCAAAGAGAAGCUUGGUUAAUAAUUGCCUGUCCCUUUAAGGAGUGAGCCAAGUUCUGUAAAUCAUAAGCCAUCUUAGUGUUUGAACCAAUAGUGUUUUUGUUUGUUAUCGUCCAUUAAUUAAAGGGGAUACUUCACCCAAAAAUGAAAAUACUGUCAUCAUUUACUCACCUAGUUGUUCCAGAUCUGUAUAAUUUCUACCAUAGUAGGAAAAAUGACUUGAAUAAUUUUUUUUGUUCUGUUGAACACAAAAGAAGACAUUUUGAAGAAUGUAGGACAGCAAACAGUUCUGGGGCACUUUUGACUACCAUUGUUUUUUUUCCUACUAUGGUAGUCAGUGGGGGGCAAAAUUUGUCUGGUUAUAAGCAUUCUUCCAAAUAUCUUUCUCUGUGAUAAUCAGAACAAAGAUAUUUAUACAGAUUUGGAACAACUCGAAGGUGAGUAAAUAAUGACAGAAUGUUCAUUUUUGGGUGAAGUAUCCCUUUAAUUUUUCUAGUGGUAUGGAGUAUGAGAGUAUGAGAUAAGUCAAUGUGCUAAACUUAUUUAGAUUUUUCUUUUAUUAUUGCCAAAACACUUUUGAAACUUUAAUGAAUUGAGGUUAAGUACAUGCAUGUGCAUUUGUGAGUUCUUUACAGUGUUGUUUUGCCCUGGGUAAACAUUUAGACAUAGGCAUGCUAAAAUCAUCCAUCCAGAAGCUGUUUUAUCACAUACAAGCCAUAUACAGUAUGCACAUUACCUCAAUUGCUUUUCAUUGGUUUCCAGCAGUAUUCAUGCUGCUUAAGUUGUAUAAGUUUGGUCGAUGUUUAAUCAAGUUUGUUUUAAAUUAAGAUUCAUUCAGUUUUUAGAUGUAAAAGCAGGUAAAUUUUCACAAGAGAGUCCAAUGUUUUUUUUGAUCUGGUUGCUUUUGGCUGUUAAAUUAUCAAUCCAUCCAUUUUUUUUUCUCUUCAUCCAUCCAUCCAUCCAUCCAUUUCUGUCCUUUAUGUAGUUUUUGCAGGACAUGUGCUUGUUCUCUAAUUUUGUUAUUUGAUACCCAAGAUUUUUGCAUUUUUAGCAUGUAAAUUCCAUAUUUUAGGAUAACGUCUAGAAAAGACUUAAUUUGGCAUCCCUGUGAGAUGUUAUGAACGCACACUUUUAUAUUCUGUGUACUUGUGGGAGAGAAAUGAAGGAACAUGAAAGACAAAGAGCAAAAAGUUGAAUGAUUAAACGGUACAUAUAUUUUAGUGUUUAGUUUUCUCGACUGUGGUAACAAUUUUCCGUUACAAUUUCUGAAUUAGAAAUUUUGUAUACACUUUUUUAUGUGUCUGUCAUGGGAUACAAAUGCACAAAAAUGCCUAUUGUUUUAAAUGAGGACAUAAUUACCUGAUGUGGUGCAGGUUUUUCUUUUAUUGUGCAAGUAUUUGAUUAAAAAAAAUCAAGAGCUCAUUGAUUGUGUAUGCUUGUUAUAGAAGUAUUUGCUUGAUGCAUUGGUGUACAUUGAAGAAUUUUGGUUGAUUUCCUGUCAUUUGUUUUAUUUUUCCUCACCGUUUCUGUUUGAAUGGAACUUUGAAAGAUUUCUGCAACUUGUUAUCUAUGCAAACUGGUUUCUGUUUAUUCGGUUAAACUAAGAUGGUUAAAGUCUUGGGAACAUACACAAACUAAAUUUACAAUCUUCAAAGCUACCUUAAUACUCUGCUUGUCCCUUCAACAAUUUUCUGGACAAUGGAAAACUCAUGCAAAAUAAUGAAUGUUAGCAAAAAUAUUUUUAUAUACUUAAAAUGGAAAGCAACAUGGAACUGAGUGGAGAUUUGAAUCAAUGGUUAAACAUUCAAAGAAAAUCUAACACUAAAGGGAAUGUUUUUAUUCAUUUAUAAACGUUUUACCUGGCAAUACCUUUGGCUUCUUUGUCUUU